GGAGAGAGCGUGUGCGCGUGUGUGUGUAUGCCAGCACCCGAGCGAGCCUUUUCCCACCAUCAACAGGAGAGAGCGACUGCCGACUGCCGGACAACAGCACAAGAGUGACUUAAAGAAAGAGACAGAAAACAAACCGACAGGACGACGGGAAAGCGCGCCGAGGACAAGAGAAAAGACGUCUUCUUUUUUUUUCCAAGACAGAAGCUUAAAGAAACAUCUGUUCGAUUAGACUGAGACAGACCUCACUUCUUCUUCCACUGCAAGGACUGGACAGAGGGCACUGAUAGCACUCGCCCAGAGGCACUACACCACGGGUGGUGCUGCUACAACUUUCUCUCAUCACACACGGCUGUAGAGGUCCUUCUUCCCUGUCAGAGAGAUGAUUCUUCGGGUGUUCCUCCUCAUCUGGCUGAUGAGUCUUGGGGUAGCAGCCAGGUUCGCCCAGGAGCCCCAGGAUCUGGUGGUGGUGGCCGGACAGCCCGUCACCUUGCCGUGCUCCAUCCCUGGGUACCAUGGUGUCGUGCUCUGGAUCAAGGACGGCUUGGCCCUGGGUGUCGGAAGAGACCUUUCAGGCUACCCUCGCUACACGGUGGUGGGGGACCACAGCUCAGGUGAGCACCACCUCCGCAUCCAGCGCGUGGAGCUGAUGGACGACGCCGUGUUCGAGUGUCAGGCCAUCCAGGCCGCCAUGAGAUCUCGUCCAGCCCGCCUCACAGUUCUGGUGCCUCCUGAGGACCCUGUUAUCAAUGGAGGACCAGUGGUGAGCCUGCGAGCUGGAGACCCUCUCAACCUGACCUGCCAUGCUGAUAACGCCAAACCAGCUGCCUCCAUCAUCUGGAUACGCAAUGGAGAGGUCCUCAAUGGAGCCAUGUACUCCAAGACACUUCUCCGAGAUGGCCGACGAGAGAGCACUAUCAGCACACUGUACAUCUCACCCUCCAACAUCGAAUCAGGACAACAGAUAAUCUGCCGGGCCUCAAAUAAGGCUGUUCCCAAUGGCAAGGAGACCAGCGUCACCAUCGACAUCCAACAUUUGCCGUUGGUCAACCUGUCGGUGGAGCCACAGCCAGUGUUAGAGGGCAACCUUGUCAGAUUCCACUGCUCCGCCAAGGCCAAUCCCCCAGUAACUCACUACAGGUGGGCCAAAGGAGGCAGUAUAAUCAAAGAGGUAUCGGGUGACACCUACGAAGUCGUCGUAGAUCACUCAUUCUUCACCGAACCCGUCUCCUGUGAAGUGACCAACCCCCUGGGCAGUACAAACAUCAGUCGCAAUGUGGACGUCUACUUUGGGCCUCGCAUGGCCACUGAACCACAGUCACUGCAGGUGGACCUGGGGUCUGACGCUGAGUUCAACUGUGCCUGGACAGGCAAUCCCUCCCUUACUAUCGUCUGGAUGAAACGAGGAUCUGGAGUGGUCCUGAGCAACGAGAACAUCCUGACUCUGAAGGCGGUGAGGCAGGAGGAUGCUGGGAAAUAUGUGUGUCGUGCCGUGGUCCCUAGGGUUGGCGCAGGCGAGAAAGAGGUCUCGCUCACGGUCAAUGGCCCUCCGACUAUCUCCAAGACCCAGACGAAACAGGAGCUUCAUGGGGAGAAGGGACAGAUUCAGUGCUACAUAACCAGCACUCCUCCACCAGACCGCAUCGCCUGGUCCUGGAAGGAGACCGUGCUGGAGUCGGGCACGUCCGGCCGCUACACGGUGGAGACGGUGAGCACGGAGGACGGUGCCAUCUCCACGCUGACCAUGAGCAACAUCGUGCCCGCCGACUUCCAGACCAUCUACAACUGCACCGCCUGGAACAGCUUCGGCUCCGACACCGAGAUCAUAAGGCUUCAGGAACAAGGUGGGAGCCAAGCGUCUGUGCCGGUGGCGGUCAUUAUCGGGGUGGCCGUCGGGGCUUUCGUGGCCUUCAUCGUCCUCCUGGGGACCAUCGGAGCGUUCUGCUGCACGCGUGCUCAGAGGAAGGAUGCACACCUGGUUAUGCCCUCACUUCCUGCCUCCAUCUGUGCUCAGCAGAGAGAACUUGCAAGCAAAAUUAAGACAGAAAACCUUAAAGGAGUGGUCUCAGCCAAGAACGACAUCCGUGUGGAGAUUGUUCACAAGGACCACAAUGCAGCGAGGGAGAAUGAGGAGCAUGCUGCCAUGAAGCAGCUGAUGAUUGAGCGGGGCGAGUUUCAGCAGGAGUCUGUUCUGAAACAGCUGGAGGUUCUUCAGGAGGAGGAGAAAGAGUACCAGCACAUUAAGGACCCAACCAACGGAUACUACAGCGUCAACACCUUCAAGGAGCACCACUCCACUCCAACCAUCACCCUGGCGAGCAACCAGCCCACGGAGAUGCGCACUCCAUCCACCUCCACCACCGUGGGCAAGCAGCGCGUGCCCACCGGCAUGUCCUUCACCAACAUCUACUCGACGCUGGGCGCAGGCCCCAACCGCCUGUACGACUACAGCCAGCGCUUCGUGCUGGGCAUGGGCAGCAGCUCCAUCGAGCUAUGCGAGCGCGAGUUCCAGCGUGGCUCGCUCAGCGACUCCAGCUCCUUCCUGGACACGCAGUGCGACAGCAGCGUGAGCAGCUACAGCAAGCAGGACGGCUACGUGCAGUUCGACAAGGACAGCAAGGCCUCGGCCUCGUCCUCCUCGCAUUACUCCCAGUCGUCCUCGCAAAACUCGGACCUCACGCGGCCCUUGCAGAAGCGCAUGCAGACGCAUGUCUGA